AUGGCAGGGAUACUUCGUCUGCGUCGGUCGCGACGCAAUAUCCCGGUUGAUCCUAGUGGAGUGUCGUUCGCAGGGAAGACAGUGGUCUUGACUGGCGCAACCUCCGGGCUGGGGUUCGAGGCGGCCAUCAAACUACUCAGCCUGGGUGUCGAGUCACUCAUCAUCAGCAGCCGUGACUUGCACAAAGGCGAAGCGGCCAAGGAGGAGCUUGAACGGCGCACCAACAGGCCGGGCGUGGUGCAAGUAUGGCCGUUAGAGAUGAACAGCUUCCAGAGCGUCAAGAGCUUCGCGGAGCGUGUGAACGAGGAAGUACAACGGUUGGACAUUGCAAUACUCAACGCGGGCUUAUGGAAUAGAGACUUCACCGUCUCGCCGGAAGGAUGGGAGGAGACAAUGCAGGUCAACACACUCUCUACAUCCUUCUUGGCCAUCCUUCUCCUCCCUAAACUGCGGAGCAGUUCGACGCCAGCGCAACCGACACAUCUCACGAUCGUCUCCAGUCAACAGUUCGUUCGGGUCAAAGCGCAGAGCCUCCGGUCGGAAGAGCCGUUACUCAAGCACUUGAACGAUCCCCGCCAUUUCAUAGGUCGCCGACAGUACGGGAUCUCCAAGCUUCUCUUGGAGUAUAUGCUCAAGACGAUCGCUGGGAUGGUCCGCAGGGCGGACGGAACGGUGCCUGUGAUCGUUAACUCUGUGAGUCCUGGCUUUUGUGCCUCGUCACUCGGACGGCAGUAUCGUAGAUUUUACGAGCGAUGGCUGUCUUGGCUGGCGUAUAAACUCUUUGCGCGCACAGCUGAGCAAGGCAGCCGAUCGCUGGUAAGUGCGACCUAUCAAGGGGUGGAGUCUCAUGGCAAGUGCUGGAGAAACGACGGAUAUCUCGAUGAAUCGAUCGCAUUAACGACCGGAGCGGAAGGACAACGGUUUCGGAAUCUUGCUUGGAAUGAGAUCGUGUCUAUUUUGAAUGAACAAGAGGAGGGUCUGGAGCGGUUGAUCGAGGGUUCGUGA